AUGAAUACAACCGCCUGGGGACUUGACGCCAAAGCAUUAGACGAUUGGCUUGAAAAAGAUUUACAACAAUCUGGCAUUUUAUUACCCAACGCUCAAGCAGCCGACACAUGGUCCGACAGUGAUAUGAAGCCCAUCAAGCAGGAAGAUUCCACCACUCAAUCGUCCGCAUCCUCAUUGUUAGAAGCGCCUGUUGAAAAAUCGCAGUCUGAACCAGCAUUGGGUGGCACGACAUCGGAAAAUCAAAUGCGUGAGUGCAGUAACCAGGCAACUCUGCAUCCACAAGUGGUGCUGCCGCUCAUCCUCAAGGCCUUUACCUUACUAGGUUCCUCCUUACCUGGGCCUAUAGCUACAAAGCCCAAUCCUCUUUCUCUAAAAAGAUCCAGCUCCAAUCGGAAACAAGCCAGUGAUGACAUUGCCAUUAAGCGCCAAAAAAAUACUGAUGCUGCUCGACGUUCACGGUUACGAAAGAUGCUCAAGAUGGAAUCUUUGGAACAGCGUGUCCAUGAACUCGAGACCGUAAAUAGCCGAUUACGGUUACGUGUCGCUGUACUUCAAAGCGAACGAGACGCUGUGGAUGAAAGAGAACGUGCCAAUAGAGAACGAGUACGUGCAUUGGAAGCCCAGCUGGCUGUGGCCCACCGCGCUCUCGUCAAAGAGUUCCAAAACGAAAAAUGA